CGAGAAAACACAAUCAUAGCGAUUCUACCUCCAAAAGCUCUUUACUUUUUUUUCUCAAAUCACUUUUUUUGGUUGUUGCUCAGUAUCAAUUUUUUUUUUGUUAGUAAUUAAUGAUGAUGAUUACGGUAAUGGGUUUCUCUUUAAAUCCCUUUCGCUUUGAAUUCGCAAAGCCAUUGCUGGGUUUCUCCAAGUGGCGAUGUCGGAGGAGCGACGGGACCGUACGGCGGAGGUGAUUCCGGGUACACCCGGGAUCCGGGAAGUGAGGGCCGAAACCGGGUCGGAUCCUUUCGGGUUCCGGGUCGAUCCGGCGAGUAGCUCACCAGGCCCGGGCAUAAGGAGAGUGAGCUUGAGAGCUGAAAUCGACACUUCUCCGCCAUUCGGGUCGGUUCAGGAGGCAGUGACCCGGUUCGGUGGUCGUGGGUCGUGGGUUCCUUUCAAGCUCGGAGACCAUUACAAUGGCGUGGGAGAAUUUGACAUAAAGAGGAUGGAAGAGAAGGCGGCGGAGCUUGAGAAGGAUCUGAUAGUGAAAGAGCUCGAAACUCUUGAUGUUCUGGAAGCACUCGGCUCUACCAAAAGGAUCGUGGAAGACUUGAAGAGACAGCUGCAGCAAGAAGCCUUGAGAUGCAUGUCAACUCCAGAACAUGUCCGUUCAGACAUCAAGGAAAUGGACAGCGAACACUGCAAUGAUCUCCCUCACAAUCCUCUGUCCUCUCCCGAUCUGAUCCUCAUGGAACUGAAGCAAGCAAAGAUGAAUCUCGGUAAAACAAUAAACGACCUUGGCGUGAUCCAAUCCUCUGUCGAAUCUCUUAAUACGAAAAUGAAGGAAGAGAAAGAUUUCCUUGAAACGGCCCGAACAAGGCUAACUUUCGAGUUUGCUGGUGAACUGAACCGGAGGAGGGUAAAGCCACAGAUCCCUGAUGAAGGUGAGAUAUUCAAAGCCGGUGUCCCGAAUUCUCCGAGGAAACCGAGUGACACUUUCCUCGUCAACCCACCAAGAGAACAGGUUAAGAUGGUCGCUGAAACCGAUGAAACGGGUAUCCAACAGCAGAAGAAGACCUGUCUGAGAACUGCAGAGAUGAGACUGAUUGCUGCAAGAAAGAUGGAAGAAGCUGCAAGAGCAGCUGAAGCACUCGCGUUUGCAGAAAUGACCGGAUUAUCCAGUGGCGAAAGCGAGGACCCUUCAGAGUUUCAAUUUCCGGAGCCUCCUCCAAGAUCUCCUUUAACGCCAAAAGCACUAAAUAACGAGGAAUUCUCUGCUAACAUCUCGAGUAUAGGGAUUCUGAGGAAGCUGGAGGAAGCUACUGAAGAAGUUAAACAGAGUAAACAAGCCUUGGAAGUGGCGCUAAGCCAGGUAGAGAUCGCUGGUAUGAAACAACUUGCAGCUGAAGACGCUCUUCGAAGAUGGAACAGAGAAUCUUGGAAGGACCCGAAAGCCCGUGGAGCAAAGAACUCGACUAAAGGCGAGAACUUUCACCCCUCCAAUCAAAACCGACGUUCCUUCUUCGGACAUCUGACAAAACCCGAACGGUUUGAUGAUCUUCCAAAGCCAGUUCUGAAGCCAAACAUCUCAAUGCGUGAUGUUCUAAGCCGUAAGCAAGUUCAGACAGAAGAUUUCGCCCCUGAGAGGCAGAGCGAAGGGCAAAUCACACGAAGAAACGUGAAUCUGAGCCAAAUGCUGAACGAGCUGAAGGAGGAAGUGAAGUAUCCGGCGAGAGCCGAGAAAGAGACGAACGAUGAGAAACAGUUUGUGACUCAGAGGAGGAAGUUUGGGUUCAUACACAUAUCUCUUCCACUGCAGAAGCAGAGCAAGAAGAAAACUCAGUCCUUGAACAUGGUUUCGUAGAAUCUUGAGAUUUGUCUGAUUCUUAAGCUUUCUUGUUCUUUAAACCUUUGAAGUCUUCGUCUGUAAUUGUGUUUUUUAUUGAUGGUUUGAUUUGAUGUGU